CAUGCAUCAUGGCACCUAUAUACUUAAUCUUCGGGCUAAUUGUCCAAAGUUCAAUUAUAUUUGCCGACGAAGAAACAACAGUAUCAAUUGAAGAACUUCCAAUUACUGAAAAUAUAGAAAGCUCUAAUAUUCAUGAAAACCAAACAGAAUUCGAUGAUGAGGUAACCAAAGAUGAAGGAAAACAAGAUUGGAUGGAUUUUUUCUUGGGACCAAACUCUGAUUUAUAUCCUACGUCUUCAGUGGCAAUGAUGAACCAAGCUACACAAUCCGAUAAACCAAUCGAAGAACAGCUCGAAGACAUUAAAAUAGCAGCAAAUAAAAUAACACAAGCAAUUCAAAGCGAAAUGGCUAAUCUACUUACCUACGCUUUAAACACGUACGAAAAAGAGCAUGAAGACAACAAUCUCAGAAAAAAACGAUCUACAGAAACACCAGUCGAUAGCAGUCAGUUGAUUAUGAGGCUUCUGAAACACAUAAAGGCCACUAACGAAUUUCAAAACAUAGCUAUUGACAAAAUGAUGACCGCACAACAAAUCGCCGAUAAAUUUGGAAUCGAAUUUAAUCCUGACCCAGAAAUCCUGACUGAUUUAGCGGUAGCCACUAAUAAGAACACAAAUGAUCUUGCAUCUAUGCUGAGUGAAGUUUGUGAUCUGAGCAAAAAUAAAACAUGUCAUAACAUAAGUUUGGAUCAGGAAGACGAAGACGAAAUAGAAAUGCCAAUUGACAAUAGCACUUACUAUGUUUACGCGCUUUACUAUCCCGAUGAUGAUGAUAACUAUACCCAGCCGCCUUACGAAUUUGUGCCACAGACCUCUAGUCCGACGACUCCCAACAACUAUCCGUACGAAACACAGAUUCGAUCGCCGCUUAGUGAACGUGAACACUCUAAAGCACCAGUUAGUCAGAAGCCAUCAUUUUACGAGGCGAUUUCGAUGCUACGAGAAUGUUCAAUGGAGCCAUUUUCUGAUCCAGAGCCAGAAUUGGUAGGCGAAGUGUAUGAGGAAUCAGUUUCUAACAAAGUAAUUGUUGAGAAAGGCGACGAACCCGGAGCGGCUACAGUCAAUCACAUUAUGACGUAUUCUGUAUCAGAAAAAUCACACUACAAAACGCCACAAAUCGAAAGACUACCACAACAGAUGCAGUACUAUUUUUAUUUAAUCUAACUGUUUGUUUUUUAGAAUAAGGACUUGUACAUAUAACUCUAACAUAAAAUGUAUGAUUAAGUUAAAAUGUUGAAAUUGCUGUCUAUGAAAAUUUGAGUUUUACCGAAUCACUCACGAUAUAUUCCUUAAAAAGAAACUUAGAACAUUUCUUUCGGUUUUAUAAAAACAUUCAUUUAUUUAUAUUUUCAUAUUCACUAAUAAAAUUCACUGCAAAACACUUCAUAACAAUAUAACUUAUAUUUUUUGGAAAAACAUGAUGAAUAUAGGAAAUAUAUUAUAUCUAUGUAAAUAAAAGUGCUAUUUCGUUUACUUAA